CAUGGCGUCCGGUCAAUAGAGACGAGAGGGAGGAGAGUAGUUGUAUGGUUGGAUUGGAGGUAGUGGGUGUCGUGGCCCCCCGGAAUACUGGGCCCUCAGUCUACAGUUUUUUUUUUCAUCAACCAUUUAUCAUUUAAACAAAAACAUUCCUCACUCAAUUAAGUAUUCUCGUUAGUUGUGGAUAAACACAGUUGAGUGACUCAACGAUGAAUCAAGCUGAUUCUAGUGUGCGAUUUAGUGUACAAUAAUAGUGAUGAUUGGGGGAGUGAAAAUGCAAUCAAUUCGCAUGCACUACGGGCCCUCAAACUGUCAAGAUCGUGGCUGAGUCAGGAAUUUCGCAGUCGAUUUUUUUAAAGUUACAAAAUGGCUUCGGGCGACAAUGUGGAUGUGAUUGAAGUCGUUGAGACUAGUUUUGGGGGUGGAAACAGGGGUGAUGACUUGUCCUCGAGGCUCAAUGACUCUGGCGAUGAGGACGAUAAGUCAACAACUGGUGAGAGGGUUACCUUUGACAGUUCAGCUGCACAACAUGGAAGUGGCGGACCGAAGACACCCUCGGGAAUUUCCAGGGGAAAGUCCGAGAGGGAGAGGAAAAUUGGACACAGGAGGGUUGGCGUGGGUGGUGAAAUCACCUACAAAAAGAUUCAAACGACUCAGAUUAUGGGCUCGAUACAACUGGGAAUCCAGCACGCUGUUGGUGGAUUAGCUAGUAAACCUGAGAGGGAUUUGUUGAUGCAGGAUUUUAUGACUGUUGAGACCACGAAUUUCCCAAGCGAAGGAUCCAAUCACACGCCAGCCCAUCAUUUUUCCGAGUUCAAGUUUAAAAAUUACGCUCCAAUUGCAUUUAGAUACUUUAGGGAUCUUUUUGGCAUCCAGCCGGAUGAUUUUUUGAUGUCUAUGUGUAGUUCACCCCUUCGGGAGUUAUCGAAUCCCGGUGCCAGUGGAAGUAUCUUUUAUUUAACAGAGGAUGACGAAUUUAUAAUAAAGACUGUGCAGCAUAAAGAGGGAGAAUUUCUUCAGACCCUAUUACCUGGUUAUUACAUGAACCUCAAUCAAAAUCCACGAACCCUGUUACCAAAGUUCUUCGGAUUGUACUGCUACCGUUGCAACAGCAAGAAUGUUAGAUUGAUUGCUAUGAAUAAUCUCCUGCCCUCGGCAGUUAAGUUGCAUCAGAAGUAUGAUUUGAAGGGAUCGACGUACAAAAGAAAAGCGUCGAGGAGUGAAAGAUCCAAGAAAUCACCGACUUACAAAGACCUGGAUUUCAUGGAACAUCAUCCUGAGGGAAUUUUUCUGGAGGCUGACACUUAUGGUGCUCUUGUCAAGACUAUUCAGAGGGAUUGUCGUGUGCUCGAGAGCUUCAAGAUUAUGGAUUAUUCGUUAUUGGUUGGAAUUCAUAAUUUGGAUCAGGCUGCGAGAGAGAAAACGGAACCGAGGCUAUCGACAACAGUCGAAGAAGAGCCAGGAGAAGCUGGUUAUGAGAGUGGUAGUUUUGUCCAAGUGGAACGUGAAAAAGAUCGCGAGGAUAGGAUAGGUGCGACAGCCCUCAACAGAUCACGUAGUAUUAAUCGGCAAAGGCUGGUUGCCCACAGCACUGCCAUGGAGAGCAUCCAGGCUGAGAGUGAACCGAUAGAUGAGGAAGAUGACGUACCCAGUCCUGGGGGUAUUCCAGCGAGGAAUGCACGAGGCGAGCGUCUCUUGCUAUUCCUCGGUAUAAUUGACAUCCUUCAGAGCUAUCGAUUGAAGAAGAAACUCGAGCAUACGUGGAAAUCCAUGAUACACGAUGGGGACACUGUGUCGGUACAUCGACCAGGCUUUUACGCCCAGCGCUUCCAGGACUUCAUGGCAAAGACUGUAUUCAAGAAGAUACCAUCACUGGACCUGCCUGAGAUUAAGGGGAAUCAUCGCAAAUUCCGUAACCUCGUCACCAGCUACAUAGCUCUGAAACAUUCCCCAUCGAAGAGAAAAAGCAUUACGAGGCCCCUGAGGCCACUGGAGGGUGACUUUGAUUCAACUGUGGUGACGGCGGUUGGAAGUACGAUGCAUGCAACAUCACCCACGAAAGCUGUGAGCCCAACAAGUCCCGAGGGUGUUCCACCGGUGACCACCGGUCCAAUAAUCUCGCCGAGUUCAGUGCCAAUAGCGACCUCCACCCCCGUCAACGUCCCCACAACGGUUCUCGCGACCUCGACAAGCGGUGGAAUAACCACAGGCCCACCUCCACUAUCCGUCAACUCGUCCCAAGUCCGUGCGAGUUACCCGGCAGUCCUCAAAGGCCGAUCAGCAGCCAGUCCACCGAAUCCAAAUCUGGUGCCAUCAGGAAAGAUUCCACCGCCAGUUCCACCCCGUGGCACUGGUAAACGCGCGAGUAUCGACGAAGUACAGCGCGGCAACGUGUCAUCAUCAUCGUCGACAUCCGGUCGAGGUGGCACCCUCCCAUCAACCUGCUCCACCCCACCCCCACCUUUUGAUGAUGCUGUGAGAUCCAACGAUCAGACACUGGCCUCGGGUGGUCUACAGACGACUGUCACUCAUGUCAAGCAGAACAAAACUGUUCAUCAUGUCACGCUCAGUACCAAGACGUAUCACGACUCUGUCAGUAUAUCAGAUGUUCAUCUCGAGAGCAGCGGAAGUGGUGGCAGUGGUGGUCGUGAGACAAAAUCGUCCUUGAGCGUCGAGAGUGGAGGUAGCAGUCGAGGGGGUGGCGGACUCACCUGGACGCCACCAGCAGGUAGUGCCGAGGGAUCAACCCCCACAUGGACAGAGGGUACCCCGUCCUUCACUGAGAGCUCGAGCAGUGGUGACAUAGGUUGUCCAACAACACCGACGAAAGGUAAUCAUCGUAAUGACGUUGGGGGAAGAGUUGCGGCUACUGUUGAAGAGGCACUUGCUAGUCUUACUACGGAAAUGGAGAUACUGCAACGAGAAUGAACUGCACUUGGUCAAUAAUAAUCACCACAGUGGGGAAUGCACAACGGCUCUCGCAUUAUCUCCGCCGAAAUCUGGCCGAUUUGAGGAUAUGAAUGAUUUGAAGACGGAGAGGGUCGUAAAUACAGGUGGAAAGAGCGUGUGAUUGUGCCCCCUUCGUUGUGUUCAAAAUUCUACGUGUAUACGAGCCUUUCACUGUUACUGUAUUCUGAAGUUAUUCCAUUCGUUUUAAUCCCCCAUUAUUUCAAGCCAAUGUUGUGGCCGAUUAAAUUAUAACGACAACGACUGAACGAUUAUCGGAUCUGUAAUCUCGUGAUCAUGAUUAUUCCGGGCAUUAUCGUAUUAUUCGAGAUCACUGGUUACAUGGAGCUGUAUUCUAUCGCGUUAUUCCAUGUUCAAAAUGUUUAGAAUUGAUACUUUUAUUUUAAAGUGGACAGAGCAUUUGGCUGUUGAAGUUCUUUUAUUCGGGAAAUGAGGAAAUAUGAAAAUCAUUGGGUAGGAUUUCUUUUAUUUUGAAGAACAAAUAAUUUGUUAUUCCUCAAAAUAAUGAAUAUGUGCAUAUCUAAUAUUUUUCACUCGAUUCUUGCAUUCGAGAAUAAAAAAACUUCACGCAAAACUCGAGUUUAUGUUGCUUGUAGGAAGUUCAUGUGGUUUCUUCGAUGAUUCCGAUAUUGACAUUCCAAUGGGAAAUUUAAUUGUUUCGUCUUGAAUUGAAUAGAAAAUCCUAGCGUUCUCCGUAAGAAUUCUACUGGAUUUUUAUUGGAAUUCCACUAACAUUCAACAUUUUUCAAUAGAUAUUCGAUGAAAAAACGUCAAUUAAUUUUUUUAUAUAAAUAAUUCUUUUGAAAUUCUUUAGAAGUUUCUGGAGGAUUUUUCCAUUACAAAAUGUCCAACCAAAAAAUAUAUAAUUUAUUUCCACAUUUUUAUAGAAAAAUGAAUAUCUAUUUUGAAUGAAUAUCAUUGAAUAUCAUUUUUCUCUGUCAAAUAUCGAUUGACAACCGCAUGAAAAAAGUGCAAUGGAAAUUCAGAAGAUUUUCAUAGAGAAAUCGCUCGGCUCUUCCAAAUUUUCGUCACAUGAAAAUUAUUCUUGAAAUUUCCUUCGAGUUGAAGCCUAGAAAUGAGAGAAACGUAAUUGUACAUAAUAGAUUUGUGAGCAAAUAUGAUAUUUCUUACGUAACUUAUUGAAAGCAGUGAAUUUGUAAUUCACCGUUGCGUUCUGUCUGUGUCUGUAACUAUAAAUAUAUAAACGUGUCCGUGUAUUAUACAAGACGUUUGACAAGAUGAUUCGAGUGAUUAAUAGGAUUGUGGAUGAGAAUGCAUCUAUUAUAGAAAGAUCCAGAAUGCCUUAUUACAAGUGGAGCCAUUUGAUUCUCCUGGAUAAAAGUAACUCCGGGAUAUACUCAAGCAUAAAUCAAUGUUAUUGUAUAUCGUAUUAUUCUCUGAUUGAUGACUAUAAUCCCAGUAAUUCAGGAUUAAAAAUGUGCCACUUUUCGCGGUCGUCUAUCAAACAAAUGAUGAAACGUUUGUCGCUAGACGUUUUAAACCAAAAUGUUGUUCAGCAAUGAUUGAUAUGAUUGAGUAAUAGUUAAGUCUCCUGGCAUUUAUGAAUGUGACUCGUGUAUGGGAGUCCCUGGGGGUGACAUUUCGAGGGAAUUGUCGAUAAUUCAUCCUCAGACUGUUGAAACAGUACUUAGUGUCGCAUUUAUUACUGUAUAGAGAGUCUGUGGUUCACUGCUUUCGCCUUUGAGGCUUGGAGAUUUUUUUUUUCUUCACUCUCAGGUCUUUAUUUUGCUCAAAUUGUCGAUGUCGUGGACGUUAAACUGGCAUGAAAGUACUCGAUUCACGAUGAGCAUUGGUGUCCGUAUUUUGGGACAUAAUACUAAAUCAUGGGGUUUUAUUCGGUUGUAACGUGGGGGAAGAAGGGCAUAAGUAAAGGGAUGUCGCGGAACUGAAGGGAAAUUACAAAAUUUUUGUGAAGAUUUUUUUUUAGAGAAUCUCCAGGGGUAGAAUGAAGAGUGUUUAAGGGUUUUCGGUCCUCCUUUUUAUUUAGACGUAUUUAUCUCGGAAUUUAGGAGAGAUAGCGAAAUUUUUGAAUGAACCUUUUUUAUAGACAAUUUCAAGAGCUACAAAAAAGGUUUUUAUGAAAAUUUUCGCAUCUCCUUCGGAUUCAGAAAUAUUUAGCUAAGAAACUGAGAAAUUUGACUAUUUUUUCAAACGAUAAAGCAAUUUGUGAAAUCACUUAAUUUUUUGAAAUUUUUAUAACGAUUUUAUAUAUUUCAGUUUUCUAAAAAAAAAUUUUGAUUUUUCCUUCAGAUUUCGUCAAAAAUAAUCCUGAAAUAAUGUCAAUUCUUUCCCUUUUCCGCCCACUUUACAAUUGCAUUAGUCACAUAACCGCUGAUUCAUAUUAAUUUUCACCAUCAAUGUGCUUGCUUUCUCUGUGCUGUUACUUUAAUCUGUAAAUGUUGGGUCAGAGCUAAAUAACGAUUGAGUAUAAAUACCUAAAGAUGAAAAAUGAAAUGAAAGAAAAAACGAAAAAAAAUACAGAAACAGAAACAGAGCGGUGGAUCGCAUGGGAAAUUGGAUGGAACAGAGAUAACUGAUUGGCAGAAUGGAUCCGGCUCGGAGGAUAGCAGCUC